CGAUAUGGGCUUACCACCACUGACCUUGGGUGAGGAAGAUGAGCCUGCGCUUGACCUUAAGGAUGACAUCCAGUUGGCGCCUCAUCAGGAUGAAGAUGAGGACGAUGAGGAGGAAGAUGACUUGCUGUCAGUCCUGACCGCUCCACACAUGGCUGUAGAUGACAUCAGUCCCGAAAAAGCAGAGGACGACGAAGAGGAUAAGGUGACAAAGGCCGAAGCUGAAGUCCCAGCAGUGUGUCCCUGUGCAAGUUCUGCAAAGACGCGAGUGUCUGCCGUGAGAAGCGCCAAGAAGAAAGAAUCUAAAGCGAUGAAGAUCACAGAAAAACCGAAAAGAACAGCACUUCCCAGGACUGCCAGUCUGGAGCCAAAAAUGAGACGGAUCAGGAGGAUUCCGAUGCUUCUCAAAAAAGCCAAGAAAGAAGAAAAGAGCAAGAAGCCCAAAAUACUAGCACCUCCUGAGAAGGAAAGUCCAAAACCAGCACAAGUACCCGAACCGGUGCAAGACGUCGGUCCUUGCAGACCGGCACCAGUUUACUGCCCGUCUCCUCCGGGCUGGUACGUUCAUCAGAUCGUGACCGACACUCCAUACCCGCCUCCAACCGCCUCAGGUUCCGCUGCUCCGGUUCUGACCACUCAUACCACCCACCCUCCGCCACUUUACCAACCCCACCCGAUGAUGCCGCCACUCUACCCCCACUACUAUGCUCAGCCCAUGCCACCGGUCAUGCAGCCAUCACCAGAACCAGUCCAACCAGCAGAAACAGUCCAGCCAGUCCAACCAGCAGAAUCAGUCCAGCCAGUCCAACCAGCAGAAACAGUCCAGCCAGUCCAACCAGCAGAACCAGUCCAGCCUGUGCAACCAGCAGAACCAGUCCAGCCUGUCCAACCGGUACAAGCAGAACCGGUACAGCCAGUUGAACCGGUCCAGGCGGUCGAAACCGUCCCAUUAGAAGCCACAGAACAAGCAUCUCCCGCUGAGCCCGAAGUCGAGAAAGUCGGCGUGAAAGCAGAGGAAGCAGAACCAGACGUAAAAGCAAAAGCUGAACCAGCGAGUGUCAAAGACGUGAUGGUAUCGUCUGCAAAGAAAGAAGCCAAGAAGAAAAAGACGACUGAGGAUCACAAAGAUGACGGGCUCAAAAGAGACAAAACCAAAGCUGGCUCUACAAAGACAGCUGUAAAACCACAAAAAAGUGCUGCAGCUCUUCCAAAGAGAGAUGCUGCAGUGGCAAGACGAAAGAGAAGCUCCACAUCUGCCUCAAAGACAGAUGCUGUCAAGAGCAAAACAAGGACCUCUUGCUCCUCUGCAGCCAAAAAAGCAGAAGGUCCAAUUCCAAGUCCUAAGGCAGCAGAAUCGUCACCGCAGUCCACCAAGCUGAGGGUCGGACUGCUGGACACGAUGAAGAAGGCAAAUGUGACGGACAAGCCUGACAAAUCGUCGCAAACACCCAAGACAAGAACAACAUUACUGAAAAGCAAAAAAGACAAGGAACCUUCGCAAGCCAAAAAGUCAGAAGGUGAAAGUGAAGGAAAGAAGAAACCAGGUCAAAGAUACUUCCAGUGUGUUUACGUACCCGGCAAAAAUGCGCAGUAUCCCCUGCGACCGUUCAGCCCAGCCAUGCCAGCCACACUCAAGUCCCUACUCGAGCAGCAGAGGGCGGCCAAAACGUCAGGGCAGUAGGGGGCAGCUUCCAUCACACCCUACCAGGAAGGACUCGUUUCUGUUUGGUGCAACAAGGACAGAAACAUUUUUUUUACCUACAAGGCUGAGCUCCUGAGGUCACUCAUUCAGACUAACAAAAAACUAACUGCCCAAAAAAUAGUUUACAACUUCCACAUUUCCACGGUACAUUUAUUAAAAUGAAAAUAAAUUAAUUUGAAAAAAAUCACCACUCAAUUUGGAUAGCUUAUUUUAUCUAGUCAUGUAACACACUGGUUGCUCACUGGUGACAAAUGUUAUGUGACAAAAGUUAUUUUGGAAAACAUGAACAUUUUAAGAACAAUAAUCUUUAAAGCAUACAUACAAAAUACUUGUUGGAGAGGUUUUUCUUUAACUGCAGCACCAUCUGCUGGAUCUGAUGGGGCACUGCACCAAUUGCCCUGAAACAAAAUUUUGUUCACUUUUUUUCAUUUCAUAAGUAUGCGUGUAAAUGUUAGCGGGUCGAACCCCGGGAGCCUCACCUCUUUCCACACCUGCACCCCCUGCCUCUGAACACACACUAACAAUGCUAAUGCUAGCUAGCCUUAAAUACUUGACAUGGUUAUGCUCUAAUAUUCAUUAAAGAGGUUAUAUCUUAACAAUUAGCUAAGAUGUUAGCUUAGCCAAUUUUCAGUUGUCUGAGGUUCAAGUGAAAUAGUAGCAUUACUCGUAUUAGCAUCCUGCGUUCAGAGACAGGAAGUGUGCAUUAGCGCGACCAACUCCGGAAACCGAUUGUUUAUCAGUCGAGGCCAUCGGUGACCUAAUUUUUUUCGACUACACGUCAAAGCGACGCGUGUGGCCAUGUUAUCUACAAACCUAGCAUGAAGCAACACACACGUUGGCUAUCGAUGUCUUACUUGAUGACGAAAGAAAGAAAGAGAGUCUUUACACCUGACUCUACCCUGACAUAAGAUCGGGGUUAAAAGAAAACAUUCAUUGACCUCUUUGUGUUAUCCCUUAGCAUACGUUAGCAUAUGUUGCUGCGGCUGUUGCUAUGAUUGCACAAGGUCCAAGUCAUGUAGUGCAUAACUGAACUAGCCUCAACUUUAUGAGUCUUAACGUGCAUGGACUUGAUGACAAAAGACUUGACAAUUCAAAUUCAUCUAUUUGUUAGCAUCGUUUAUCAUCGAACUCUACUACAGCAACGAGAGUUUGGUAAAUGUAACGAAAGGGUUUUGAUUGUAUUUACAUUAGAGUUUAGCAUUAGCCUCAGCUAAAUAAACGCUUCAUGCUAGUCAUUGCAUUUGUAUUCUUGCUGAAAGCAAUUUGGGAUGAAAUCCCUUUUUGAGUUAGCAUGUAGCUAACGAGCAUGAACUAACUCAGCUAGCCACUAGCUAACGAGCAAGAUUUGUAGUUGUGCUGCUUCAUUUUAUUUUUAGGUCACAAGUAGUUGUGUGAAUUUGAGGGCUGUCCUAUCAACAUGGUUCCACAGUUGAUAAAUGUUAAUAAUGAGAAUUAUUAUUAAUAAUAAUAAUAGAGCCUGUGGUGUGUGAAUUCAGAUGUGAAUACUUUUUGUUUUUAUUAAAUUUUAAGAGUUUGUAUGAGUUUUGAGAGGAAGCAGCUUGUUGCACAAAUUUAUGUUCUGCAAAUAUGAAUCACAAUAAUCAUAUUUCUGGAAGAAAGAGAAGAAACAAAGAGGCAUUGAAUGGUCAGAUUACAAAAUAAACUGUAACACUGCGGUUGUUUGUUCAUCACUUGGUCACACACAGAUAAUUGAAUAUCUUAAUAAAACCAUAAGUGAUGUGA